AUGCCUACUAUAUCAGUUAAACGUGAUUCUCUGUUUACGGCUUUAGGAAAAACAUACACUGAUGAGGAGUUCGAACAGUUAUGCUUUGAAUUUGGCUUGGAAUUGGAUGAGGUUACUACAGAAAAGCAGAUGUUGAUUAAAGAACAAGGUGACAAUGCAGCUGCAGGAGUAUCCGAAGAUAUUUUGUACCGUAUAGACAUUCCAGCUAAUAGAUAUGAUCUAUUAUGCCUUGAAGGACUAGUUAAUGGGAUACUGGUAUUUCAAGGAAGAAAAGCACCACCUGAAUACAAGAUCAAAAAAUAUGAAGACUGUUUCUCUCUCCAUCUAACUCCAGCAACUGAUCAAAUAAGGCCAUAUGCUGUGGCUGCUAUUCUUAGAGGCAUUAAAUUUACAAAAGAAAGUUAUGACAGCUUCAUUGAUUUGCAGGAUAAGUUGCAUCAAAAUAUUUGCCGCAAGAGAACACUUGUUGCAAUAGGAACUCAUGACUUGGACGCCAUACAGGGGCCCUUUGUGUAUGAUGCUUUGCCACCAAGUGAAAUAAAAUUCAAAGCUCUCAACCAACAAAAAGAGAUGACGGCACCAGAGCUGAUGGAACUAUAUUCGGGUCAUGCUCAAUUAAAGCAAUAUUUGGGUAUUAUACGUGAUAGUCCUGUUUACCCUGUAAUAAAAGAUAAGAACGGGGUUGUGCUGUCCAUGCCGCCAAUUAUUAACGGCGAUCACUCUAAGAUCACACUUGAUACAAAGAACGUCUUCAUUGAGUGCACCGCUACGGAUCUGACAAAGGCCACUGUUGUGUUGGACACUAUUGUGUGCAUGUUCUCCGAGUACUGCGGGAACAAGUACGAGGUUCAGCAGUGCAAGGUUUUCGCCCCAGACGGCACGUACCAGCUCUACCCGAAGCUGGACUACAGAGAGGAGGUCAUCAAUAUCGACAAAGCGAACAGAUCCAUCGGAAUCAACAAGGAGGGUGGCGAGCUGGCGGGCUUGCUGUCUCGCAUGUGCCUCAUCACUUCGGUGGAGGGGAGCGAGCUCCGGGUUCGAGUCCCGCCCACGCGCCAUGACGUCAUACACGCCUGCGACCUAUACGAGGACAUCGCCAUAGCCUACGGGUACAAUCGCAUAGAGAAGCGGCGCGCCCUGGUUGGUGCGGACGCCUCCCAGCAGCCCAUCAACAAGCUGACAGAACAGCUGCGCCAGGAAUGCGCCCAAGCUGGGUACACGGAAGGCCUCACCUUCACACUUUGUUCAAGGGAGGACGUCGCUACGAAGCUAGGUUUGAAAAUCGAAGACGUGCCAGCGGUCCACAUCUCCAAUCCGAAGACCCUCGAGUUCCAAGUGGUGCGGACUGUGCUGCUGCCCGGUCUACUGAAGACCCUGGCCGCCAACAAGAAGAUGCCGUUGCCCCUGAAACUCUUCGAGAUCAGCGACGUCGUGCUGCAAGAUAAGAAAUCGGAGACGGGGGCGCGAAACGAGAGGCGCGUGUGCGCAGUGUACUGCGGCAAAGCGGCCGGCUUCCAGUUCGUGCACGGGCUGCUGGACAGGCUUAUGGCGCUGCUCAGCCAGCCCUGGGACAGCGAAGCGGGCUACUGCCUACGCCAGGCGGAAGACCCCGCAUACUUCCCUGGCCGCUGCGCCGAAGUGGUCCUCCGUGGCGAGGCCAUAGGGAAGAUAGGAGUCCUCCAUCCGACAGUGCUGAACGCCUUCGAACUCACCAACCCGUGCUCGGCGCUGGAGAUAAACAUCGAACCAUUCGUC